UAUAUCAGACUUGGCAACCCAGUCUUUACUUGAACCACGACAUGCACGCGGGCGCAUUCACAGAGAAGGGGGGGACGGGUUUGUCCGGUCUAACAUUUCAAGCAUUCUGUCGUUUCACUGCAGUUGUGUUCAGGCUGAGAGCAGUAUCACGUUUGGAGGGAAAAACAGAAGGAGCUGCAGACAGGAUUUUGUGCUCACACUGCAACUUUCAACGAUGGAAAAUUCGUCCAGUAACAACCGAUUUCGAUCCGCAGUGUUCAACCACGACGAUGAGGACCAGGACAAGGAAUAUGUCGGAUUUGCAACUUUGCCAAACCAGGUGCAUCGCAAGUCUGUGAAGAAGGGAUUCGACUUCACCCUCAUGGUGGCAGGGGAGUCUGGUCUGGGGAAGUCCACUCUGGUCAACAGCCUGUUUCUCACAGAUCUCUACAAAGAUAGGAAACUGCUCAAUGCUGAAGAGAGAAUCACACAAACAGUCGAAAUCACCAAACACACAGUGGACAUAGAAGAGAAAGGUGUCAAACUCAAACUGACCAUCGUGGACACGCCGGGGUUUGGAGACGCUGUCAACAACACAGAAUGCUGGAAGUCAGUGGCCGAUUACAUCGACCAGCAGUUUGAGCAGUACUUCAGGGACGAGAGCGGCCUCAACCGCAAGAACAUCCAGGACAAUCGCGUUCACUGCUGCCUCUACUUCAUCUCGCCCUUCGGUCACGGUCAAAUGGAUGGAGAAAACGCUCCCUCUGUUGAUGAGAUUGAGUCAUUACACAACAGAUGGCUCACUAAGAGGAGCAGUAAACGUCUGCAGUCACACCUUAGACCCCUGGAUGUUGAAUUCAUGAAGGCUCUGCAUGAGAAGGUGAACAUCGUCCCUGUUCUGGCUAAAGCCGACACGCUGACACCGAGUGAGGUCAAGAAGAAGAAAAUGAAGAUCAGGGAGGAGAUCGAACAGUAUGGCAUUAAAAUCUACCAGUUUCCCGACUGUGACUCUGACGAGGAUGAAGAAUUCAAGCAGCAGGACCUGGAGCUGAAGGAGAGCAUUCCUUUUGCUGUAAUUGGCAGCAACACAGUUGUGGAAGCCAAGGGGAAGAGGGUUCGAGGACGACUGUAUCCCUGGGGCAUCGUGGAAGUAGAGAACUCGGCUCACUGCGACUUUGUGAAGCUGAGGAACAUGCUCGUUCGCACACACAUGCAAGAUCUUAAAGACGUGACCCGGGAGACACACUACGAGAACUACAGGGCCCAGUGCAUCCAGAGUAUGACCCGCAUGGUGGUAAAGGAACGCAACCGCAACAAACUGACCAGAGAGAGCGGCACAGACUUCCCCAUCCCCUUGGUGACAGGAGGGACGGACAGCGAGACAGAAAAACUCAUCCGAGAGAAAGACGACGAGCUGCGGCGGAUGCAGGAGAUGCUGCAGAGGAUCCAGAAUCAAAUGCACACGAAGAGAGACGCCUAUUAACACAGGACCACAGUUGGUGCUCGAACUGUCACUCCUUCAGAGGAAUUUCAAAAGAAAAGGUAAAUAAAUACAACACAGCCAGCGUAAGUUCACUCUGGAACAUCGACAUCCCAGUCACCGCUCACACAUGGGUCAGAUAACGGUGAGAAGAAAAGGAGGAGGAGACCAGAUGCUCUGACACCUGCAGCUGAACAUCUUCAUCUUCACACUCCGACAUUAGUGACGAGAAAAAUUAGUAAAACAAAGAAAAAUGUUUCAGAAAUGUCUGGGCCUGACGUUAAAGUGAGUAAAUGUUAUUAUGUUCUUGUCUUCUGAGUUUUGAUUUGCAGGGUUGGUUUUGUAUUUACUUUGUACAUUUAUA